CGCAUUUCUCUGCCACUAAAAUGAGGGUGGAUCUCGGUAUAUAAAGGCCUCCAAUUGUGGAGCAGGAGUCAGGUGAAGCUUCAGUCGCAUCAGCAUGAGAUUCAUAACAGUCCUAUCUGUUUCGCUCUUGGUGGCUAUUGUGGCCAUCAGCCAGGCGGAUGACAGCAGUCCAGGAUUCUUCCUGAAGAUCACCAAGAACGUGCCGCGGCUGGGCAAGCGAGGGGAGAACUUUUCCCUCAAGAACCUGAAGACCAUUCCUCGCAUAGGACGAAGUGAACACAGCUCUGUGACUCCUCUACUGGCCUGGCUAUGGGAUCUGGAUACGAGUCCUAGUAAGCGGCGCCUGCCCGCAGGAGAAUCCGCGACGAAGGAGCAGGAACUUAACGUGGUGCAGCCCGUCAACUCGAACACGCUGCUUGAGCUGCUCGACAACAACGCUAUUCCCAGCGAGCAGGUGAAGUUCGUCCACUGGAAGGACUUCGACCGUGCCCUCCAGGUGGAUGCGGAUCUGUACAGCAAGGUUAUCCAGCUGGGCCGCCGUCCGGACCGGCACCUCAAGCAGACUCUCAGCUUCGGCAGCUUCGUUCCCAUCUUCGGCGACGACCAGAACCCCGACUUUAUGAUGUACAAAAACAACGAGGAUCAGGAACUGUACGGCGGGGGAAAUCGCUACGAUCGCAACUUCCUCAAGUACAACACCCUGUGAGAGUGCAAGCGUAGAACAAGUUUGCUGGUGGCGAACAGCGGCUUAGGCGCGAGAAAUGUGAAGGGGAUCGGGAGUAGUGCCAAGAUACCCGACUCGAAGGACCAAGAGGAACUAUCAACAUGAAAAUCCAUGGGAUUAAGGUCCCCCUCUUUGAGGUCCCAAAUCUGCAAUGGCGCGCCCCUGUUUUUUUUUGGGUGCUUCCCGCCCACUGCCGCUCUCCCGCUCGCUUUCGCUCCCUGCCGCUUUCGCUCCGCCGCUCGAUCGCUCUCUCUCUCUCCGCUCUCCGCGAUCCGCUCUCCCGCCGCCAAAGCCGAUCUCCGAUCUCAGAGCUUAAAUACGUGUGGAGCGCCAGCGCCGUCCGAAGACGACUCACAGACAUCGCCGCGCUCGGUUGUUCGACAUAGUUAUACCCCAUAGUGCUGAGGUGCUGAAGUGCUCGCUCCGUUUCCGUUUCGCUUGGAAUUCGCCGUUUUCGUGAUCGACUGAUCGGUGUUCGGUGGGCGCCCCUCCCUCUCCCUAAGCCGACUGACUCCCCCAUCUUGCCGAGAAACCAAUGUGUGAAACAAGCUUUUGCGUUUCAAGCUGAGACACACGUACACCC